AUGAACUCCAAGCAAAAAAAGUACUUUGCAAAGAGCGACGAGAUUGAGUUGAAACAGUGGGGUGCACUAGCCGAUGUCUCGCAUCCCGACGACCUUGACAUAAUCUGGACGUCGAUCGCGAUGAACUUGCUGAAGAACUCAUCGCGACAGAGAAACCGUGAGGCUCGCAAUCGCCUCCGCCGCCUCUCUACAUACGACCGAAUGCGCAUUUGGGAACAACUGCAUGAAUCCGCCGCCACCGUCGAAGUCGCUUGGAAGUUACCGGGCAAUUCAUCUCGCUGCGCUAUUGAUGCAGAAGCGUUCAGUGGUUACAUAUUGUUUAUUAUUCAGGACGAGGCGUUUGAGCUGUGGUCAGAGUGGCCCAAGAUCUACGAGCCAUCGAGGGAGUCGGUCAAGGUGAUUGACAGCAUCCGGGACGAGUGGCACUUGAUUAACAUAGUCCACAACGUUUUCCAGGACCAGGAGCUCGAGAGCGUCAAGACUAUUAACAGCGUAGCCUCUGCAGCCACUACGAAUGGACAACACGAGGGACCUCUCUGCUAG